AUGUUGUUUUGCAUCAGAAUUAGACGCAAGAUGCAAACGUUAGGAGUUCUAGUCUGUGCUUUUUUCAUAGGCAGCUCCGGAUUCUUAAUUAAAGUGCCUACCGCUGUAAAUCUACCAGAGCCAUCGGAAUCGGUUCCCGUCAACUUGGUGACUGUUCAAAAACUACUAUUGCCGCUUUUCGAGGAUGUCUGCGAAAUCAGCAAAGAUCCGGACAUAUUGAAAUCUGCCCAGGAAUUCUUAAGCUUAUUAGAUGAAGAUUUUACGGAUCCUGAAGCGAUAUCGAAUUUUAAAGAAUUAAAAUCCAAAGGAUUUUUACCUAAAGGCGAAAUUUUCACAGAGUAUAAUAAAAGUCAUUUAGAUGAACUUGAAAUUGUCUACGAAACGUUGUGUAAUGCGAAGAACUUCGACGUAUUCUUCAAAGCUGCGGCAUGGGCAAGACAAAACUUAAACUGUGGGGUUUACAUUAGCGCUCUAUAUUUAGCCGUCGGAAAGAGGCGAGACACAAAAAUGCUAUUAAUACCCCCGCCAUAUGAAAUACUCCCCAAUUAUUUCAUUAACAAAGAUGUUGUAAUCCAAGGAUCGUUUAUCGCUUCCGGCCAAGAACUCGAACUAUCUGAUAACGUUGAAGUUGAAGGAAAUUCGUACACGAUUAACGCUAAUUACACGGGAAGUUUCUUUGAAAAUAACGACGAGUCUAAAUUGGCGUACUUUCGUGAAGACGUCGGCUUGAACACUUUUUAUUAUCUAAGAAAACUGAAGCAAGCGCCGUGGUUCAAUAAUGACAUUGUCAAUGGUAAAUACGGGGAAAAUUUGUUUCAAAUGAUGACACAAUUGAACGCUAGAUAUAAUAUGGAACGCUAUGCGAACGGACUACCAGAGCUUGUUAGUUAUACGUGGGCAUCUGUGCCAGAUGUGCCGUACGAUCCUACGUUAAUAUACACAAACGGAAAUGAAUUUGGUUCUAGAAAUGACCAUCUACAAAUGUUAGAUUCGGAGAGUGUCGGAUUGCUUCAAACUAUUGAGAGCAACAUUGGCACCGUGGUUCAACAUAUGAUCGACACUGGAUACAAUAAAACACAAAUAUUAAACCAUUUAAUGGAAAUCCUUGUAACGGGUGACAGAAGCUAUGAGACAUUGUCACGACAUCUCCUUGGCAAAGAUCAUACCGACAUCGGAUAUCCGUCUGCAUUACAACACUACAUGACAACGGUAAGAGACCCGAUGUUCUGGAUUAUUAAUAAGAAAAUCGUGGACAUUGUUUAUAAUGCGCUACAAUACGUACCACCGUAUGAACGAAAUGAGUUAUAUUUCCCAGGAGUAGAGGUCGUAAAUGUUGAUGUUAAGAAAAUGUUAACAGCGUUUGACUUCUCUGAAUUUGACGUGUCUGAAGCUUUAAAAACAACUGAAGAUAAAACCACGUUCCAAAUUAAAAUUGGUCAACCGAGAUUAAAUCACAAGCCCUUUACUAUCAAAGUGAACAUUUCGUCAUUAAUAUCACAAAAGGGCGUUGUUAAAAUGUAUCUUGGACCGAAAGUAUUACCGGGCGAGUUUGCGAAGAAGAAAAAUAUGUUUACGUUGCUUGACAGCUUUGAAACAAGUUUGAAACCGGGCACGAACAUCAUAACAAGAACAUCCGAUGCUAUGAAACAUUUCUCUAACGAUUUAAUUUCUCUUAGAACUAUACACAAAUACGUACAGAAUGCAGAAUUUGGCUUAGACGCUAUUCCAUUUAAAAGUUUUGAUUUUCAAACAGGCUACCCUUCAAGGCUAGUCCUUCCCAAAGGCUCUACUGAAGGAGUACAACUCCAAAUAUUUGUAUUCGUUGCCCCACUUUAUAAGGGCUUCGAAAACUUUAGUAUAUUACCACGUGCAGAGUUUAACAAAGCAAUACUUUCUCCUGGCUAUCCUUUAGAUUUGACUAUUGAAGAUAAGCAGUUAUUCGAUUUACCAAAUGUUUUCUUGAAAGAUAUUAUCGUUAUGCAUAAAGGAGAUAGUAAAGUUGAAAACUAUGGCGGUGCCGGUGUCAGUAAAAAGUGGUAUGGCACCAAUACAUACGAUCCUUCUUUGAAACCAAAUUAUUCAUCAAAUAAUGAACCAUUUGAUUAUCAGUCCAAAAAGAGUCAAUAUGGAAAAAAAGACUACUACGCUACUGAUAGCAGUGGUUUUAAAAAAGAAGAACCAAUUAACAUGAUUCUUGACACAGAACAGAGAGAGGAAUUAAUGGAAGGUCCAGCUAAAAGACCUAUUCUAAAACUGUCAGCUGGAUUAGAUAAUAAUUAUCAAGGUAAAAGUAAUGAUUACAGAUCUAAAAACGUAAAAUAUAGUUACGAGGAUCAAAAUAAACUAUAUUCCUCUGAUGACACAGUAAAUAAAAAAAAUGUAAUCAGAAAUGAAAGCCCACAGGAAAGCAUUCUACAUGAACAAAAUUUUCAGGAAACAGAGCCUCCAAAUAAACCAAUUCUAUUUGCAGACAGUUCACAGAAUAUUGUGACUGGGAAAAAUCAAAAUGAAUUUCAAGUUCCAGGUAUACUGUCAUUGCCUAGUGGCCCAAUCACCAAUAUUGAAGAUAUACCAUUCGAUAUAAAUUUCAAUAAAAAAGGCUCGGAUAUAUCUAAAAUUUCAAAAUUAAGAUUUUUUAUAAAUAUCCCGAAACAAAAUUUUACAAUAUACGACUACAUCAAAAAAUUAAUGGAGAGUAGUCAAGAUGAUGAAUUGUACGAGUAAUGUAAAAAUAUAGUUAAAUUUUAGAAAUAAAUGUUAUCUUU